CCCAUAUGAUAGCCAGUUAUAGGGUCUUUAUAGGGAUGCCAAGAGCCCAAACUGGCCUGAAUUUCAAGAUCAAUUGAACCUCUAAUUAAUCUACUUCCUACCUCUGAGAAGGCAGAUAGUGAUCAUCGUCCAAACUCAAUGAAAUACAACGCCUUUUCAUCCUAUGCACAGCGGCCCUCUUUCGACGACGACGACGACGCCGACGACGUCUUCACUCUUCACUACUUCUAACCCCGACCCACUCGAAGUCUUUAGUUGAGAACCAGUUUGCUUUGGAUUGUCCAUGACGGCUUGGUGAACCCGGUUGCAAAGGGGCCGAGGUCUCUCCUGAUAGGUGGCUUCUGGCGCGCGCGUCUCUUAUUCUCAAUAUCCUCCUCAGCUCGGGGACCAACAUUCGUCUCUGCCAUUCCCCGUCGGCCGCGCACGACCUUCGAGCGGUGCCCAUGUCACAAUCUACGCUUCCCUCGUAUGCGGUUCCCGCAAACUCUAAAGUGAUGUCCCGGCAUCACCCCGGAGUUUCUAAUGGCUAUCCGCGGGACCAGCACGACUUUGACUUCGCGCCCCACAGUUUCCUGCCCCGUGCGACUCCCGCGGCCCGACGUCGAAGGAAGUUGAUGACAAGACUGGGUAUAAUCAUUGUAGCGGCGCUUCUCUUUGGCCUCUUUGUUUGGCCUGGAGACUUCUCCCUGACAUCCGUGUUCUCGCUUGGUCUGGUCGGCUCGGCAAGCGAAGUUCUCAUGGAUACUGUUCGUUACUACGACCUCUCCAAUGUUCAAGGGACUGCCCGCGGCUGGGAAAGGGAGGAGCGCAUCCUACUCUGUGUUCCCCUGAGGGAUGCCGAACCCCAUAUUCCAAUGAUGUUCUCACAUCUUCGCAAUCUAACCUACCCACACCACCUCAUGGACCUCGCCUUCCUGGUCUCUGACUCGAAGGACAGGACGUUAGAGCUUCUUGUCGAAAUGUUGGAAGAGCUUCAGGCCCAUGAGGAUCCGAAACAACCAUAUGGCGAGAUAUCUAUUAUUGAGAAAGAUUUCGGUCAAAAAGUCAAUCAGGACGUUGAGAGUCGUCAUGGAUUUGCUGCUCAAGCAAGCCGUCGGAAGCUCAUGGCACAGGCACGGAAUUGGCUGCUAAGCGCUACUCUGCGCCCAUAUCACUCCUGGGUGUAUUGGCGGGACGUUGACGUUGAAACAGCACCGUUUACCAUCGUCGAGGAUCUUAUGCGUCACAACAAGGAUGUUAUUGUCCCCAAUGUGUGGCGACCGCUUCCCGAUUGGCUCGGCGGGGAGCAGCCGUAUGAUCUGAAUUCUUGGCAAGAAUCAGACACCGCAUUAGCUCUUGCUGAAACACUCGAUGAAGAUGCCGUUAUUGUGGAAGGCUAUGCUGAGUAUGCGACCUGGCGUCCUCACUUGGCGUACCUGCGCGACCCCUACGGCGACCCGGAUAUGGAGAUGGAGAUUGAUGGAGUUGGGGGCGUGAGCAUCUUGGCCAAGGCACGAGUCUUUAGAUCUGGUGUGCACUUUCCAGCUUUUAGCUUUGAGAGGCAUGCUGAGACUGAAGGGUUUGGCAAGAUGGCCAAACGCAUGCAAUUUUCUGUUGUUGGCCUUCCCCAUUAUACCAUAUGGCAUUUAUACGAGCCCAGUGUUGACGAUAUAAAGCACAUGGAGGAAAUGGAGAAGGAGCGGCUUGCCAAGGAAGCCGAAGAACAGGAAAAAGCCGAGAAAGAAAAGAAGAUCAAGGAGCAGUUCAGUGAUACUAACAACCAGUGGGAGAAAGACAAGUCCGAUAUUCAGAACAUUGCGAAGCAAGCUUCAGCAGAUAAAAAGGCAGGAUCCAAAAAGAAGAGUAAGCCUACGACUGAGGAAACCGAUCAAGAUGACAGGGUUGAUGUGGAUGAGGUGGACGAAACAGAUAGCGUGGACGAGGACGACUUAUUAUCAGAGGAGAAAACUGGGAGAUCGAAGAAAGGAGAUAUCGAGGACAAUUCCAAGGUUAUGGGCUCCAAGAAGAAGACGGGCAAGCCGGCCAGAAAAGGGGCGCAAUAGUAUACAGGUAAUCUUGGGGGGUGUUAUGGGUGUUACGCAUUUGAUUGUUCUCAUUAUUCCGGAUGGCGUAGUGACAACAUGGUACUCGCAUUGGGAGUGAAAGAGAAAAGAGCCGAGCUUAAGGUCGUCUGUAUAACAAGCGGACAUCAGGGAUGGCCAUAGGCCACGGCGUUCGGUGCUAUUCUCUCUCUAGACAUGAUUACGAAGCAUAGGAUACCGAGCAUAGCAGUAACUAGGUAGAUGCUGCUCCUUAUUCACUGUAUAGCCAUAUUAUCUACUUGAUAUCGCGGCAUUUACAUGUAUUAUUUUCUGAGAGGGCUGGAAAUAUUUUGCGGUUACCCACCAUCCUUGACCACACAGGCUGCUGGUACCUGAUACCUUAAGUAGGCUGAGGAUUCGUCAUAUUGUGCACGUAUAAUCAGCCUAUACUUGAUCAACCUUCACAAGGAUUACCUGCAUUUCAGUGUAUUAGUAGAUAUACAGAAAUACAUGUAUCAACUAACAAAAGUGUCCGAUGUCUAAUAGCUGUAAGCAGGUAUAUGCCUAUGGUACAUAUACUGUACAGUAAAGCUG